UGUCUUUGAGCGAGAGGAAGAGAAUUUUCCCCUUUGCAGAGAGGAAGACAAUAGAGAAAAGGUUGAAGGAGAAUUUUAGCCUUAUAUUUGAACGUUAUUCGAAACUUCUCUGCUGUGGCAUUUUCCCAUUUUCCACUACUGGUGGUGCAGGACGAACGCAUGCAAGUACAAGGUAAGACAGUCUACCGAGAUCUUUUUGGCAUUUGGGUUUUCUUUCUGAACCGCUUCUGUGAUAUGGGUUUUGCUCCAUUUUGGCGCUAGGAUAUUCGUUCAGAAGAGCAGCGAAGAUUGAGUUGUGUGGGUGAUUUGAGAGAAAACCGUGGGUUGAAUUGAUUUGGUUAUAUAAGAGUGAUGGCAACAGUAGCUCCAGCCCCGAAUCCUCCGAGUCCUGCUGCUCCUACACCUUCAGGAACUGCAGGAUCACCCCCACCAUUCAUCUCAUCACCACCACCACAAUCAUCCUCUCCGCCACCUACUCAAAUGACAUCUCCACCUCCACAAGAUGAUCCUACUCCGCCACCACCAUCAUCACAACCUCCACCACCAGCAACACCAUUGACUCCACCACCAUCUGAUUCACCUCCGCCUAGUUCUCCACCACCAUUACAACCUUCUAAUCCACCACCUACAUUGCCUCCUCCAGCACCAGCAUCUGAACCACCCACAAGUGCUUCUCCACCUUCGCCAUCACCACCGCAGCCACCACCAAAUUCGCGUCCUCCACCACCACCAUCCACACCUGCCCCUGAUAUCCAACCUCCACCAUCAUCUAGUCCACCUGAAAGUUCACCGCCACCACCACCACCAGAAACCUCAUCACGACCACCUACCAGUUCACCCUUACCACCUAGGAGUUCACCUCCUCCACCACCAACUUCAAUUCCACCAAGAAGUUCACCUCCACCUCCAAGUAAUGCUUCAUUGCCUCCUACUACCCCUACCCGACAAUCACCACCUUCUGGACCAAAUUCUACUCAAUCUACUCCACCACCAGUAAUCAGACUGUCUCCGCCUCCUCCGUCACGGAAUUCUCCAUCAUCCACUUCUCCCCCAUCAUCUGUGAACAAUGAUACUAUUCCGAAUGCACCUUCUGAUCAAAACGGUGGAAACAGUGGUAUUGGUACUGGUGCUAUUGUGGGUAUUGGAGCAACUGCAGGAAUCUUAAUGCUCAGCCUUAUUUUGGUGAUUGCUUGGUGCUUAAAGAAACGCAGGAGAUCUGUCUCCAGAGUCAAUGGCGAUUAUGUGAUGCCUUCACCUUUUGCAUCCUCCCCGGUAUCAGAUUCCAGUAACACAAAGGUCCACUCUACUACAGCUCCCCUGAUGGGCAGUGGUUCUAGCAGUGACUUCAUUUCUUCGCCAGCAGAGCCUGGUGGACUGGGGCACUCAAGGUCUUUGUUUACAUAUGAAGAAAUGGUCACAGCAACCAAUGGCUUUUCGACCCAGAAUCUUUUGGGUGAAGGUGGAUUUGGAUGCGUGUACAAAGGUUGCCUACCAGAUAGGAGAGAGGUUGCAGUAAAGCAACUCAACAUACGUGGAAGCCAGGGUGAAAGAGAAUUUAAAGCUGAAGUUGAUAUCAUAAGUCGAGUACACCAUCGUCAUUUGGUUUCACUUGUUGGUUAUUGCAUCUCGGACAGCCAAAGAUUGCUUGUCUAUGAAUAUGUCCCUAACAAUACCCUUGAUUUCCAUCUCCAUGAAGAAGGUAUACCUGUUUUGGACUGGUCACAUCGUAUCAAAAUAGCUGCGGGUGCAGCUCGUGGAUUAGCUUAUCUGCACCAAGACUGCCAUCCUCGGAUUAUUCAUAGGGAUAUCAAGUCAUCAAACAUUCUUUUGGAUAACAACUUUGAAGCCAGGGUUUCAGAUUUUGGUCUUGCCAAGUUAAACCCAGAUGCGAAUACACAUUUGACAACACGUGUUAUGGGAACUUAUGGAUAUGUCGCCCCAGAGUAUGCAACAAGUGGCAAGUUAACUGAGAAGUCUGAUGUAUACUCAUUUGGAGUUGUGCUCUUGGAGUUAAUCACUGGGCAGAAGCCACUGGAUCCUUCCCAGUCCCCAGGAAAAGAGAGUCUAGUUGAACGGGUAAUUGCACGACCUUUCAUGAGCCAUGCACUAGUAAGCGGCGAACUAGGAGGUCUAAUCGACCCAAGGCUUGACAAGAACUAUGUUGAAGAAGAGAUGUUCAGGAUGAUUGAGGCUGCUGCAGCCUGUGUUCGCCAUUCUGCUUCCAAGAGGCCUCGCAUGGAACAAAUUGUCAGAGCUCUUGGCGAUAUAGCUGCAGGAGAUUUAACCAACGGAAUGAAAAUUGGAGAGAGUGAGGUAAUCAGAACACCAGAAGAGUCGGAGCAGUUUAGACUCAUGCAAAGGAUGGCAUUUGGCAGUCAAGAUUUUAGUUCAGGUUUUUUUAGCCAUAGUAGUAUGAACAGCCGAAAUGACAGUCUAGUCUAGUAUGAAAGUAAUUUUGGUAGGGGUGAAAAUUUAGCUGUGAAUUACUCUGAAGAGUUCAGAGGCUGAAUGACAGCUUCAGAGUGAGCUUCAGAAUGGCAUUUUAGCUGUCAGCCUCUGGAGUGAAGGCCAAAAUUAGGUUUAGGAAAAUGGCUCAUUCCUCAGCGUUUCCAGUAACUGGGCUAAGGGUUAGCUCUUCCACUAUAUCCUUUUAGGGUUUUAAUUACUGUAAAUAGCCCCACCCGAAAUACUUGUAAAGGCUCAAUUUUGCAAUCGAUACGGAUCAUAAUUUUUCAUUCUGGGUUUCUGUCAGUUGUUUAAGUUAAUUCUUACAGAAUGGAUAUCGAUGUCAUUGAGAUCGCAUGAUGACUUACCUAGAAAGCAUGGAUAUAUGUCUCUGCAACAGAAAGCCGCCAGAAAAAGAACUUAAUCAUCUUCUGCAGUUCCGCCUGACAGCCAUUUAAGAGUGAUUUUGAAGGACUGCAGAGCCACAAAGUUUCCACAAAUGGCUGUGUUGACACCAGAAAAAGGGUCACUCAACUAAGGAGGGAGAAUUGAUUCUCAGAAUUGUCAGGUGAAAAUGAAACAACUUGAUGGAAAAACAAUCCAAAGAUCCAUCUGGGCAACUAGGAAAACAAGGAGAGCAUAUGGUGGCCGAGGAAGGGAAAACUGCCCUAAUCAACUGUUACGGGACAAAAGAACAGCAACGGAAGGCAAGGAAAUAAAAGUCUGCAAAGCACUCCAAGACAAGACGAGGAAUGAAGUCACCCAAGCAAGCAACCCUCCAAAAUUCCCUUCUCAAACCCCCUGGAAAGCAAUUGAAAAAAGAGUAAAUCACAAGAUUCCAAUACUGAAAUCCAAUCCCACACAUCUUCCAAACCUUUCCCAAUCAUCAAUUCUCGAAAAACAUGUGAACCCUUUUGCUGAUCAUCAUCAUCAUCAAACCAUCUUCAAACAUCUCCCUGCUAGCUUUGCCGCCCAUGGCAGCUACGGAGGACUGCAACCAAAUGGCUGCAGACUGUGUGGUGGUAUCCUGCUGCUGCCAAUGCUUGUUCCUGCAAUUCCUCAUCUACGUGUUCCUCAAGCUUCCAAGGAGGCUGCUCGAGCGAGCAAGGGACUACGCGAGAAAGAAGCUGAUGAAGAUGAGGAGCAGGAAGAAGAUAGAGACAGAGCUAGUGGGGAGAAGAACUGCCAAGUUCGGAGAAAUCUCUGCUGAUGUAUACAACACCGAAGAAUCCAUGUGCAUUGACAUAGGCCUGUUAGAGGAGUUCAAGAAGUCCAAUGCCGAUAAUAAGAACAUCAUUGAACAUGUGCAGAUGGGUGAAGAUCGUCAUCAAUGCAUUGAGGAAAUAGAGAGGGUGUUGGAUGAAUACCACGCUAGAGGUGAGUUUGGGUUUGGGAGCUUUUGGAGGAAGGAAGUGUGCAAAAUGGGCUCACCAUCUUCCUCGUCGUCAUCAUUCUCAUCAUCGUCGCCAAUCUCUUGGGGGAGAUCAACAAUGGCUACUCCACGUCCAUCACAUAAUUCGACUCCAUCAUCGACGGGAAGGAGUAGUGGUGGAGGUAAAAAGCAGAAGAAGAGGAAGGAGUCGGGGGGUUUGAGAGUUGUGCAGUUUGAAUUGAUUGAAAUUGUUCAUUCUUUAUCACGUUCAUCAUAUGGGUCGUUUCAGAAGAUUGAAAAGUUGCUAGACUACGAGAAAUCGCCUUCAGGGAUUUGGAGAAACACCAAUACAUCAUGAGCUUAACUUGCUUGUGAGCUUGUUUCAUUAUUUAGAUUUGGUAUAUUAUUUUCUCUGCAAUUAGAUUUAGGGCAAUGGGUC